UGUUGUAAGAUGGCGCCCAGUGAAAUAUGAGUGGUAGUGAAGAAAAAAAAUACAGCCUGUCAUCUUAGGAAAACCACAAGAAUUAACGAAUAAACCAACCUCAGACAACAACAGCAACUCUUCUCUAACGGCCACGUUGGAUAAGGAGCGCCUUUUCGUGGAUAGUGACGCGGUUCAGACCUCGGCCCGGUUGAGGAAGAGAGUACAGACAAGGACACGCAACAGCGAUGAACAACUCCUUGGAUGGGACCGGCUCCUAUGAGGAGCUGGUGAGACAGAAAGCUCGAAGCAUCCCGCAGCACCGCAUGAAGGAGUUCCUGGAGUCGCUGGCCAGCAAAGGUCCAGACGCCCUGCAGGAGUUCAGCCAGCAGAGUGGAGACGCCACAACCACCACCACUACCAUGGUUUACCAACAGGAAGCCAACUGCAUCUACACAGACAGCACCGAGGUGGCAGGGUCUUUGUUGGAGUUGGCCUGUCCGGUUCAAGUCCAGGUUCAGCCGCAGCAGCAGCAGAUUCAAGAGUCUACGUCCCAGCAGCAGUCUGUACAGCAGGGUACUGAACAACAAAUAGUGCAGGUGCAGAUUCAGGGUCAGCAGCAAGGUCAGAUGUUAGGUCAGGUUCUCCAGGUGCCCUCAGGCUCCCAUCAACAACUACAAGGUGUGACGACUGCACAGCUUAUUCAGCCCGGAGAACUUACAGAAGAGCAGCAUCAACAGCUACAAGCCCAGCUGGUGGCAGCUGUCGCUGGAGGGCAGCAGAUCCAAAUCCAGACUGUGGGGGCGCUCUCUCCCACACAGCAGCAGGACACUGCAGAGAGAAGAGCGAUGGGAACGGCUGUCACCACCGCCCAGGGAGCAGGCGUUCUCCAGCCCGCCAAGAAGCGCAAGGUGGACAUGCCCAUCACAGUUUCCUACGCUCUGCCCGGCCAGCAGGUCGCCACAGUGCUGGCGAUCCCUCAGGGCCAAGGCCAGCAGCAAAGUUACGUGUCCCUGCGGCCAGAUCUCCUAACUGUGGACAGUUCCCACCUCUACAGUGCCACAGGCACUAUCACCAGCCCCACGGGGGAGACCUGGACCAUCCCGGUGUACUCUGCACCGGCGGGGUCCGGAGGCCGCGAGCAGGUCACACACAUCGCCAUCCCGCAGGAGGCUUACGGAACGGUGCAGGUGGCUGGAGCAAACACUACAACCAUGACCACAAUGCCAACACAAGUUACUGUUGAAAACGACAAGCUGAAAAAUGUUGUCAGCCAGAGUCAGACUGCACAAGCUGUUUCGAGCAUAACGAGUUCGGGGGGAAUGGGGGCUCAGGAGGAAGUGGUGCACACGCUGGCUGCCAACACCCUGUUCCCUGCCCAGCUGAUGAAUGGAAACAUCCACAUCCCUGUAGCGGUGCAGGGCUACUCCAAUGCCACGCAGUCGCUUAUCUGGGACCCGCAGCAGCAGGUGCUGCACACUCAGGGGCUGACGGGCCAGGACGCACAGCAGCUGCAGGGGCAAACGGUAGUGGAAGUAGAUGGUCAAGGCCAGCAGCAGGUGCAGGUGCAGGAGUUGCUGCUUCCUGCCACUCUGAAGCCAGAAGAGGGCCUAGAUGUGUGGCGGCUCUGGGCUCAGCGGAAAAACGCUGAGAUGGACAAAUUAGAGAAAAAUAAGCUUGCCCCUAUUGGCCGACGUCAAGUUCUGCGUUUCCAGGAAGACUUGGUGUCCUGUGCAGUGGCCGAACUCUGCAUGGGUCUGUCUUUAAUGACAACAGAGGCCCGAGGACUGGAGGGAGAGACGUACGAGCCCGAUGUUCUCUACUACGUGUUUCUGUGUAUACAAAAAUAUCUGUUUGAUAAUGGUCGUGUGGACGAUGUGUUCUCAGAUCAGUAUUACACUCGCUUUGCUCACAGUUUGCACCAGCUCCUUGAACCGUGGAGACCAGCUGUUCAUCCGCUAGGUUAUGUUAUUCCCAGCCAUGUGACGGAGGAAAUGCUCUGGGAAUGUAAACAGCUGGGAGCUCAUUCCCCCUCAACACUGCUUACAACUCUAAUGUUCUUUAACACAAAGUAUUUCCAUCUGAAAACAGUGGAGCAGCACUUAAAAGUGGCCUUCUCAAAGGUGCUGAGACAUACUAGGAAGAGCCCCAACAACCCCAAAGACAAAAGCACCAGCAUUCGAUACCUGAAGUCAACCGAGAGGUUUAUAGGGCAGAAAGUGACGGAUGACAUGUACUCAGAACAGAUCGAAGAUCCAGAAAACCCUCUGAGAUGCCCAAUCAAACUCUAUGAUUUCUACCUCUUCAAAUGUCCACAGAGUGCUAAAGGUCGCAAUGACACCUUCUACCUGACUCCUGAGCCUGUGGUGGCUCCAAACAGCCCCAUCUGGUACUCAACCCAGCCAAUCCCGAAAGAGCAGCUGGAGCAGAUGCUCUCUCGUAUCCUCGUCGUGCGCGAAAUCCAAGAAGCCAUUAACAUGUCGGAGAGCGUGCACUAGUGGGACCAGAGGAGAAUGAAAAAUGGACUACACUCUUCCUUUCUUUCUGAGUUCACCCAGCCUUUGAUUGCUCAUCAUGACUAGUUUUAUAUUUUUCUUACACCCUCUUGUGGUCUGAGGGUGGCAUGUAUAUGUUCAUAUUCACUGUGUGUCAGUGUACCUUCCACACAGAUUGUACAUACGCAAACAAAACAGUACAGAUAUUGAUUUUGUCUCACCAAGGCAAUCAUUCAACAGUAGUGAUUUUUGGCCAAAGGAUGUAGUGUCUAAUCUUUCUAUUGGACCUAAGCUCUAAUUUAAACGUUAUUUUAAAAUGCUCUUUCUCCUCACAGAUAAUCUGGAACACUUGUUUAUUGUCUUUACUGUUUUGAUCUGUAAUAUAUUUCUUCUGUUUUCACUGGGUUGGCCUGUGCGAUGCUGCUUUUCUGAGACAUCCCUCUUUGUUGCUCCCCUCCUCUCAUCCACUUUGAUCACAGUUCAGUCUCACAGUGAAUACCGCCGAGGUAUUAAACCCCAUCCAAGUAGCCAAACGGGCUAAAUACUCAAUUCUUUCUUUGCAUUUGACUUCUCUGCCUUGAGCUGAUGGACAGUGAACUCUGGAAGAGGCUGGCUUGUUGACUGCCAGGCCGCAGCACCGCCCAUCAGAUGAGCUCAGCAACAUCAAACCACUUCAGGAUGAAACUGCUGUGAACUUAAGGGCAGUCCAACGUGGACAGCGUAGCGGGAAGGAGGAAGAAGCUCUUUUCUCUCUCCAAUACAACAACAAACCCCCAAAUCGCCUGAAGAGGACUAUGUUGUGUCACACAUGUCUAUCAGAGGACAGAUGGAAAGACUCUACAAAGUGGUUUAGUCCUUAAUGUUCUAUAAUGUAUAGUACUCAUAGCUCCUUCAUGUACUGUAAUCCUUCAGUCAUCUAAGGAGAAUGGCAGUGCCUGUGUGUUUUUGAAACAUGACCUUUUUUGUACAGCCACU